AUGAUCAAGGCUCAGUGUAUAACUCUUGCGGGCUACCGAGUGUCUUGGAUACUUGGAAGGGAUCUAUCUUUGUACCUUGCUGCAUUCGGUGCUCGGGCGCUACCGGAUCUCGAGAUUGGCGGAAUCAGUAUCAUUGUGGGAUGCGGAAUUGCGGAACAUUGUCCCUUCCCGCUUGAGGCGGCAGGUAGCAAGGCGAACAUUUGGGGUAAAGGUUGGAUACCGAUAGGCUCUCAAAGGCUGUCGAAAGCUUCUGAGAGCUUGUGA